AAUCCAACUGCUCCACAACUCUCUCUCUCUCUCUCGUAUUAUUUGAAGUCAUGACCUUUGGAUAGCUUGUAGAGCCAUCACUGCUUUAAUAAUUUAUUACUAUAGUUCUGUAUUAUUAUAUAAUUACAAGCAAAGAACACUCCAAAUUCGAUGUCUACAGCUAGAAAACUAAUGGCGAACAUUUCAAACUCGAUGUCAUUAAAGCACGGGCUCUCUCUCUGGUGCCCUCACUCUUCAUCACUCAAUCGAGUUCACCAUUCUUCUUCACUACCUUCUGGUGUAAGAUUCCAGAGAAGGAGAUACGUCGUCGCCUCUUCAGCUUUUGCCAAUGAAAACCGAGAGUUUGUGAUAGUUGGAGGUGGCAAUGCAGCCGGAUAUGCGGCGAGGACUUUCGUCGAACAUGGAAUGGCUGAUGGACGCCUUUGUAUUGUCUCUAAAGAGGCUCAUGCGCCUUAUGAGCGUCCAGCUUUGACCAAAGGUUACUUGUUUCCUCCAGACAAAAAACCAGCACGAUUACCUGGUUUUCAUACUUGUGUUGGAUCCGGUGGGGAAAGGCAAACUCCUGAGUGGUAUAAGGAGAAAGGGAUAGAGAUGUUGUAUGAAGAUCCCAUAACAGGCAUUGAUAUCGAAAAGCAAACCCUGACAACAAAUUCAGGCAAACUGCUCAAAUAUGGAUCCCUUAUAGUUGCUACUGGAUGUACAGCCUCAAGAUUUCCAGAGAAAAUUGGAGGAAAUCUGCCUGGUGUUCACUAUAUCCGAGAUGUGGCAGAUGCUGACUCAUUGAUAUCUUCUUUGGAGAAAGCAAGGAAAGUCGUUAUUGUUGGUGGUGGUUAUAUUGGCAUGGAGGUUGCAGCAGCUACAGUUGGUUGGAAACUUGAUACAACGGUCAUAUUUCCAGAGAAUCACCUCUUGCAAAGAUUGUUUACACCUUCACUUGCUCAGAGAUACGAAGAACUAUAUAAAGAGAAUGGUGUCAAAUUCUUGAAGGGUGCCUCCAUUAAGAACUUAGAAGCUGGUUCUGAUGGAAGUGUAGCUGCUGUUAAACUUGAAGAUGGAUCUACCAUUGAUGCAGACACAAUUAUUAUUGGUAUUGGAGCAAAACCUGCUGUCAGCCCCUUCGAAAGGGUGGGACUAAAUAGUGCUGUUGGAGGAAUACAGGUUGAUGGUCAGUUUCGUACAGCUUUACCUGGAAUUUUUGCAAUUGGAGAUGUUGCAGCCUUUCCAUUGAAGAUCUAUGACCGUAUGGCACGAGUUGAACAUGUAGAUCAUGCUCGUCGAUCUGCACAGCAUUGCGUUAAAGCAUUACUUAGUGCACAUACUCACACAUAUGAUUAUCUUCCAUACUUUUACUCGAGGGUUUUUGAAUAUGAAGGGAGCCCCAGGAAAGUCUGGUGGCAGUUUUUUGGAGACAAUGUUGGAGAGACAAUCGAAAUUGGAAAUUUUGAUCCUAAAAUUGCUACUUUCUGGAUUGAUUCUGGCAAAUUGAAAGGAGUUCUUCUGGAAAGUGGGAGUCCUGAGGAAUUUCAACUCCUUCCUAAACUAGCGAGGGGUCAGCCUUUUGUUGACAAGGCAAGGCUUCAACAAGCGUCUUCAGUUGAGGAGGCACUGGAAAUCGCUCAGACAUCCCUACAGGCUGCAGUUUAGUCGAGUUCUAUUCGAUCAACUCCAGAAGUUCCCAGUAAUCACUUGGAGUAUUUUCUACUCUGAUUAAAUUAUCAAUAAUCUCACACGGGGGUGUACUGCUUGUUAUCUAAUCUCUUUAUCAAGUCCUGUCCCUUCACUUCUUUAGUAGAAUUAUUUUACCAGACGAUGCAUGGUAGAAAGCAAACACACUUGAGGGCAAGAAAAGGGAUGACCACAGACAAAGGCGUUAAAUAAUCAUUAUAGACUGUUUACUGUUUAUAUUAUUUAACAGCAGCCUGUGCAUUUUUGGGGACUGGGUUUGGAGCUUUUGAUAAUUUUUUUUUUUAAUUUUUAAAAUCGAAUAAAAUGUCUGUUGAUGGCUUAUAUUAAUCUCUCCUCGACAUGUGCUUCAUAAAUACAAUUUUAUUUGAAUUA